CAGGUGCAAAAAUAAACAAACGGGUAGAGAACAGAGCGAACAAAAAUACAUGUUCUACAGACAUUAUAAACCAACAAUAAAGAAUACAGAAAGAAAAGAUGAUGGUUUGUUUUUACAAUAAUUAAAACAUGAACAGUACAUCAUACCCAAAAUAACCUUGCAUCGGUUCUAACAAGACUAAAGGAGGUCAUCUGUGAAGCUGGAUACACAUUACGUUAUUUGGCAAGACAUUGACUCCCAGCUUUUAGUAUCAUAUUAUGGUUCACCCUGUACUUGAUAAUGACAAGAAGAUACAUGUAGAAACGUCGCACUAUUAAACUUACUAGUGAUUGUUAUCCAUAAAGUUGUGUUUGUGUUAUUCCUAUCACUAAAUGCCUUAUAAACAAUAUAAUUAAAUUUACAUUUAGCAGGAGGAGCCACGGUGACUCAGUGAGUAUUGCUUAUACCUGGUAUUUUGUAUCACAUAUCGUUGAUAACGACAAGAGGGUACUGGUAAAAACGUUGUUCAAUUAAAGUUGGUGGUUAUUGUUUUUAUCCGUAAAGUAGUGUUCGUGUUUUUUCAAUCAGUGUUUCCUAUCACUAUGUGCCUUACAAACAAUAUAAUUAGACAUUAAUCAUUUAAACAGAGUCAACGAUAUACUUGUCUUCAUAAAACAUACCUCAAAAUGAAGGAAGCAGAUCGUAAUGCCAUUUAUUCAAUUUUCUGUAACCUUACUCGUGACUUUGAUCCCAAAUACGUCACGCCUGCCUUGAUACAGGAGAGAAUUAUGACACCAGAAGAAGUAAAGGAGAUGAAAGCGUCUACCGGAAGUACUGAAGAAAAAGCUAGCUUAGUUAUCAUUAAGAUCCUGGACAUGGGCUCUGUUCCGACAUUUGUGAAUAUUUUACGUCACAACAAUUCAUUUAAUCACUUAGCAGAAAUGGUUUUGUCAGUGACGAGCUUCGUAAACGACGAAGAAACGGAAGUCAAGCAAGUAGAAUCAAUGGCUUCCAAUGGAAACAAACCAACACGAAUUGACAUCUUCACCGGAAGUAGACGGAAAGUAAAGAAUUUUGGACACUAUUUAAAACGUCUGAUUCACUGCGGUAAUCUGGACGACUUUCAGAAACAGGUCAACAAAGUUGAGCAGAUUUGGUCAAGAGUUAGGCAUGACUAUAAAACAGAUGUCGCCAAACGGGCCGAGGUGGCGGAUUUCAUGUUCACCGUCCGGGAUUGUCAACUUGCUACAUUCAGAAUCCAAAACGAUGCCAGCAUGUAUGACCAUCCUUUUUUUGCUGAUAUGACCAAGAUCAUUCCAUUCACGUCUAAUCCGAUACUAAGCAGCAUGUCCUACAUCGCACGACACGGGGCUGCCGUUAUUUUAGCUGAACCACUUGAUGCGGGUCUUUCUGAAAUGAUGCAUGCCAAGAUGCAUUCGGAACACAUAGUACCCUGUAAGGAGGCUGGAAUGGUCUAUUAUCAAGAAAUUGACAUAAUGGUGAGGAAAUACGAGAACGAGACUACUGAGAACAUGAAAACUGAUAUGUUGAAUCGCUGUCGUCUGGCACUGGGUCAGUUUGAACACGAAGACUCAGCCGUAAAGGAAGAUUUUACCCGGAUGUUGUAUUUGAGAAUGGCGAAUAUUUAUCUCGGGCUUAACGUAUUCGGCAGAGUUAUAGAACAUGUCAGUGUGUCGGAAGUUGAUAUAGCAGCAGCACAUCACUGUCUGAAAAAUGUGAAAGCAACGUGGACUGGAAUGGAACUUCGAAGGAAGAUGUUCUAUUAUAUUGCUAAAGCCGUUCUGAGCGAAAAACGGAACCGUCCCGAUAUAGCAUUGGUUAAAUCCAAGUUAGCUUUAGAAAUGGCCAAUAGUGGUAAAUUUAAAAACGAACAACCAUCUAUUCAGACAUUAAUAGAAAAAUAUGAAUACGAAAAUGCUGUUGCCAAUGAAAAUGAACUAGAUGCAACACUGAAAGAGCUAGACAAAAUAAAACUAGACGAAGAGUAUUGAAUCGGGUUGCUGCAUAGGCGUACUGGCUUGAUGAACGUUACGGGGGCGGGGUGUGGGGGGGGGGGGCGCAGAACCUAAAAUGCCCGAAAAAUAAUCGGGUCACAAACCACGAGCACGGUAGGGGGGUCUCGCCCUCCCCGAAAAUUUUUUGAAAAUUUAACCGCCGCAAAUGCUUUUUUCUGCUAUUCUCACCGGUUUGUUAAUCAACGCCAAAUUUCCCAAUCGUUUUGCAAUCGAAAUCCCACCCUAUUUCGACCUGAAUGCCAACCAUCCAAUUGGAUUGUUGCAGCUGCAUUCACAAUAAUAAUCGAUGCCCGACAAAUGUUGCACAAAGUAGAGUUGCUUCAUAGUCAAUGGUUUUAUCGAUAGUCAGUGGUUUUUAUCCAUAGUCAAUGGUUUUAUCCAUAGUCAAUUCAUUACAAAUUCGUGGUAUUCAAUUAAAAGAAAAUUAAUAUUAGUGUUUUAUUACAUUUUGGGCACUUUAUUUUGCCCCCCCCCCCUGCCCUGCCCCCCCCCCCCUGGCUCGCACGCCUAUGCGUUGCUGCAAGAAUUCGCCAUUGUGGAAAUACAAUAUGUUUUGGUGUCAACUUGAAUCAUCAUCAUCGUCGACAUAAACUUUAACAUAAUAUAGCAUAAUAAAUCAUCAAUCUUCUAAUAGUUUCAAACAAACAUUGCUUUUAUGUCACGUAUUGAAAUGCCACCGGACUUCAAUGAUUUGUCGUACACAAUUAUUCAUUGUGCAAUGCCACGUAAUUAGGGCUAGUGUGCUUUUAUCUAAACACCUGCGUUUUAUAAUCGCAAUACUGCUUGACCAAAUGUAACUUAUUAUAUAUUGUUUUCUUGUGUUUUAUUUUAUACUUUUUUUGAGAUUGAUACUUACAAGACUCUUUAUUUUUUCUCUUAUUUGAGUGAAGUUUAGUGUUUUUAGACACUUAUAUAAUACAUAUAUUGUUUUAUGUAGAUUAAAACAUAUCUAGUUA